AUGGCUGUGGAGAGUCGACCGGCCAGCGCCGGCCCGGAGGCGCGCAGGGCUUCGGCCGCGGACCGACGGGCGAUGAGCGCGGACUCGGAGCCCCGCACGCUGGCCGCGCGGAAGGCCUACCCCGACGACGACGGGGACGCUCCUCUGGACCUCACGGUGCACACGCGCAAGGAGAUAGCCGUCAGAGACUUCGCCCGCCACCCGUUCGCGGACCCGGCGGACUACGUGCGGGCCCAGGCCAUACUGAGGCAGUCCAGGGACUUCCUGGCCCCGGGCCGGGACUCCGGCACCGACUCCGACGACUCCGCGGGCCGCCUCAGCCCCGAGGACCCCACCUCCGGGAAGGCCUACAAGAAAUCCCUCAUGAAGAGAUACAGUAAGUCCAUACCUCGAGCUGUUCCGCUCUCCUCGGACGAUCAAUCUCCCAACUCUCUAUCUCCAGAGACAUGUUAG